AUGUCAGCUGACUCCGCUGAUGCCUGCUUUGCGUCAAGAUUCUUGUCUAUUCCAUUUCUUUUUGAAGCAGGGAACAACGAGUUUUGGGGCUGUGGGCUGCGGGAACCCCGGGAAUGCUUGCAGGCGCAACACACUACGAGCCAGGGCGUCAUGUACGAUCUCUCAUGUGUUCCCCAAUUGCUCUCUGAAGUAGGGGCGGUGCUCAGUGAUAGUUUCCAUGCGACUUGGCAUGAGCUGCUUCGGUCAGAACUCAGUGCUCGUGCGGGGCUGUCAGCACAACGUGGUCGAAAGCGGGCGAUCGAUGACCAGCUUGAUGACGAUUGUCCCAGAAUGGGCACGGCAAGUGUCGAAAACCUUGCCUCCAGUUCUUCUUCGGCAGGGAACCAGUUUCACGAGAUAGACAUCCAGUGGCCCCAGCCGCAGCCGCCUCCUAGCGAUGCCGAAUCGCCUGCUGCGACUGUGUCCGUUGCACAACAGCCCAUAGAUUAUCGAUCAGCAAAGGGUGUCCUUGUGCUGUCUGCGUGUUCUCGCCAGGAACGUGAAGGGUACUUGGCAGGCCUGGAUCAGGAGAGUUUGUUGCAGGUGGCCACCUUGCAGUCGACAGUGCUUGCCCAAGAAAGGGUGAAAGCUGAGAAGUGGAAGAAGGACAUCGCCAUGAAGAACCAGACAAUCAGGAGACUGAAAAUACAGCAUUCCAAGAAAGAGGCGAAGCUGCUACAGCUGCAUGAUCGCAGCGACCCUCUCGACAUUGUCAGGCACAAGGGCCGCAAGCUAACUUGGAAAGGAAGUUUGGUUUUGGGUUUGAGGAAGAACCUCGCCUUAGUCUCAGCUUCGAGUUUUCCUCUUGCCUCCUUGAUUGAUCGCCUCGAGUCGCUGGACAGUGAACGUGAGGAUGCCAGUCUGCAGAUUGUUGAGCGACAGCGAGAGAUUGAAGAGAAGUAUGGGCGACAGGUGACGUCCCAGGACAAUGCUUGCCAUGAUGAUUUGGGCCUGCCUCGUGUUGUUGCCGAGCAGUCACAGAUGCCGCAAUGGCUGCGCCUGCACUGCCCGGACACGGAAGGGAUUGACGGAACAUUUACCCUAGGUUGCACUUUCUGGUCUGGAGAUGCAACAAAUUCGUCCAUUUGGAACAAGCAGAAACUGCAAGGUUUGGAGUUUUCAAGCUCUAUCAUGGUCGAUUGGCCAGCGCUGCGGCAGAACAAUCUUCAGCAGGCUUUCAGGUCGGAGCUGCAGGUUUGUGCAGAUGGCACAGCUGCUGGUAACCACGGGAUUGUCCAGAAGCAGCUUGCUGCCGUGGGCCUGCGAGACUGGGAGCAGAUUCGAAGUCUGAUGGAGACACACGAACUUCCAGCUGACUACAUCCACAUCUUUGUCAACGUUGGUGAUUCCGGCCCGGAUCAGGUUGGCAUGCGCAGCAGCCUGCACACGCUGUUUGCGAGGGAUGACUACAGCAACCUGCUGCUCUUUACUGUCCCAUGCUUGAAGCACCAGUUUCAUCUGGCAGCGCGCGGGCAGUUAUCCCUGGUGGACUCGUGCUUGCGCCGCCUUCAGAAGUCGUACCGUUACUUUACCAGUGUGGCUACCACCAGUCACACAUGGCGGUCUCACCUCAAGAAAGUGCGGUCGUCUUGGGUGUAUCUUCACGAAGGCGACGACAGGUACGCCAACAAGCGAAUCUUGUUCAAGGUACCGCCCAUUGCCAUUGCUGGCCGGUGGGCAAGCAUUGACAGCGCCCAAGCGGAGCGACGAUUAGUGAUUGCUGCUUUUUUGUGCGCCGAGGAGUUUUACUUGGGAGCCGGCGUCGACAAUGUCCUCGAGGUUCUGCGACACGCUUUGCAGAAAGGUGGCUCUGCACAGACGCCUGCGUCCAGUAGGCCUGCUUUGACGGACACUGACACAACUGGAAGCGUUCUGGAUGCUUUGUCCUUGGAAGAUGCAAAAGCAUACCAACAGAAGACCAGUAAAUACGUGAGCAACACUCUUCGCGCGGUAUCUGACGCCUGCUUCUGGUACCUCAUGAGGGUAGCGCAUGAGACCCGCCAGCCCUUGCUGCACUUCUACCGUAUGCUGGAUCGCCGACCGCAGCCGGACAAGAUCCAGAUGCCCGUGGUUGACUUGUUGUGUCGAGACAUGUGCACUGUGAUGGCAGAGUUCGAGUCUUUGCUGUCUGGACUGGAUGGCCUGACGCAGGCAGCGGCGCAAGAAGCUUCACAGGUGUCUCCGCAGGGACUGGCAGAAGACGUGACAAGAACUCUGGCUGAUGUGGCUUUACUUCUGCUGCUUCACAACGCAGCAGCCUUCAGUCGACGAGUUUGCUUGCUCUUUUCCAGGUGGCCCUGGCCAUUGUUCAAGCUGCUGGAGCAUCCCUUGGAUAGAGAGCUGCAGUCUCGCAAGGAUGUUGCGAGGCUCUUGCUAGAUGCACCGGAGCAGGAGUUAGAGUCAACCACUUUGAAGAUUCGCGCUCGCUGCAGAGUGGAUCUUGAGAAGGCGCGCGAUGACGGUAUUUUGCAGCCUGGCUCAUGCCUGCAUGCUCUCCUUUCCAUGACUGCUUUGCGAGUGAAGCUUCACAGUGGCAGCAUGGAGAGCCUCAACUCAAUGGUGAAGACAGCGAUGUCUUGCGGCAACAACGCGAGGAUGACGUUGGAGCUGCUCUCCAGCCGCGUCAAUGCACGCAAGACACUGACGAUGAUGUCUCCAGGGGUUUCUUUGCAGGACGUGCGGCCGGUGGCCGACAAGUUGGCCCGGUCCUCCAUUCUCUACCAGGGUUUUGAGACUGAGGUGUUGCAGACGCAGUGGCGCUGGACCCCCCCAGAGCCCAGGCCACUGCCGCCGAACAACCCGGCAAAGCACAGUCCUGCCCUGACGCUAGGUCCAAAGCAGCGACGCGCAGUGCCCGUGCAUACCAAGCUUCGCAGAGCGUUGCAGCUGUCUCGUGACCGUCCAGUGGAGGAUGGCCGUGGAUUCCUCGUAGGGGUACACAUUGGGCAGGUGGACACACGUGGCAAUGCCAAGGUCUUCUUGCUUGCGGAGCUUUCUGCAAGAGUGUGUUGGCUGUUGCAAGUGCUCUGCGGCGCAGACACGGAGCUCGCUGUCCUGCCCACCACUUUGACCUUUGUGUCUGCUCUGGAUGUUUUGGCGGAGGCAAGACCGGACAAGGACAGCGCCCGUGAUUCCUGGCCAGAUCUUUCGGUUGCUGUGUUUCAGCGAAGACCCAUACCUGCGGACAUGCUGCGCGCUUUCCCGAACGCCGCCUUUGCCUUGGAAGUGGUUGAGAAGACCCGUGAUUCCGGUGAACCGCGCCCGGAGGCUGAGCCUCAAGUUUCUUCGCGUGCUGCUCUGCGAGAUGACGCUGAUGGUCCUGAUGGUUGCGGCGAUGACGACGAGGAACAUGAUGGGCUAGCAGAGGAACUUCAAGAAAUAGAGGCCGAGCUUUCUGGGGGCUGGCAUGACGACUGCGCAGACGGAGAGUCUGUGGCAGCGGAAGGCAGCGAGGAUCGCCGUGACCUCGAUGACCUGGAGAACGUUCACCGUCGCUUUGUAGCUGCUGCAGUCGAGCGCCGGAUGGCUGGAGAGGCAGCCGACAGCUUGCGUGGUGGGGACGCGAACGUGGAGCAGAGAGCUGCGGGGGAAGAGGACGAGGACGUGCUGGAGCUGGGCUUUACGGACAUCGACAACGCGGUGACGUCCUGGAAGGCGGCUCUGCAGCAGAGUGUUGCUAGCUUGACGCUCAUGGACGCGGGCCAGCGUUACUUCGAGCCGGAUCGCUUAGAUUCUUGCCUGGGCAACGAGGUGUCUCUUUUGGUACAUCUAGCAGAAGAUGCUCUGGAAGUGGACUUUGUUACAUGGGUGAAGCCGUGCAGACAGCUGCAAGGGAGGACCGUGCAGCUUGAUGAGGAGAACUGCGUCAUCCAGCCUUCCAACUUCCAUGCCAAGAGGCCUUUCCGCCAUAGCCUUGUCAUUUUGCCUGGUGCUGGCGUUCGGUCUCGCCGCAAGACGCGCGAUCGGAUGCCAACAGAUGCAGUGAACUUGCGCUCCAUCUGGCGGGCAGCCUUUGACGCAGAAGCCUGCCUGGAAGCUCUACCUUGCGUCGCCUGCCAGGUUGCCGAACCGGAGACAAAACAGUGCCCUAUGUGUUUGCUGGCAUGGCACCCACACUGCAGCGACGCUUGCAGCCGUGCUGCGGCAGCUGCCCUGGUGCAGCACUUUGUGUCGCCCCUUCGGGACCUACCUCUUGCGGCGGGUGACUUGCCAUUCUUCUUCUUGUCUGGCACUCAGUGCCAGCACGAUGAAGUGCCGCUGGACCUCAUCCAGCAAAAGUUAGCUGUGGAGAAUGGCCCAGGGACUUGCCACGCAAAUGCCCGAGCCUUCUUUGGCGGACGUGACACGACGCCUGGCACGGGCGAGCUCCUCUACCUGUUGCGCUGCUUGCUGGGAGUACUUGCGAACGGCCUUGUGCCCGGCAGGCUCUUCGGCGUAGUCUGCAGAGUCAAGUUGUCUGUGGAGGAUCGUGGCCCGCUGGCCUCUUGCUGCAUCAUGAACUCCAAGCCGGCGCAGACUGGGCAGCCCAAGCGACACGGCCGGCAGUUGCUGACCGUGCAUGGAGACGCUCGUGUCAUCAACUUGAUGACUGUGACGCAGGGCGGAAUGCUCAACGUGCAGAUGCAGACCAUGCCACCGCCGUCGGCGGCUGCGCCCGGACCGACCAGACCCACCUUCUCCCAUGGCCCUGGCGCUGCGGCGUCCACUGCCUGCGGCACAGCUGCACAUCACAGCGCGGCGACCGCUGCGACUUCCGGCAGUGUGCAUAUGGAGAUGACUGCUCGCGCUCCGCCCAAGCCUUUGCCGCGUCCACGUGCCUUCAAACGUGCGCUGGAAGUUGGUGACGGUGACACUCGUGACCUGUCUGGGCCAGUGCCAGUAGACACUCCGGAAACUUCGGCUUUUGGAAGCGAUGGGCCCCAGGAAGCUGCGGAGUCAGAUACCUUUGCUGAGUCGCAUCAUGAGCCAGACCCCUUUCGUAGCUCUCAGUCGCUCGGGUCUCUCUCCGAAGACAGUGAGGCACACGGCUUGUGA